UCAUGUGAUGGCCAACAACAAAGACUUGUAAGUGCUCUUAAAGAGUUCGGUAAAAUACUGAAGAAACGACGAAAACAUGAUGUCUGGUUACCAUUAGGUGACAACGCCAACGCGUUGUAAAACGAGGAGAAAAGUGUAAACAGCGCUAAUAUGCAAAACUCCAUUGUGCCAAUUUUUGCUCCAACACCAGUCUUUUCCGCUUUGCCGACCAUCCCAGCCACAUCCAGCUUUAUAGUGAAGUGUUUCCCAGGGGAACUUUAGGGGCGGAGAUGUAAUGACUCAUGACCAUACUACAGUGCAACCAGAUUGGAGUGGUGAUGAAUUCAUUAAUGACAUCACAAGAUUGAGGGAGAGGAGAGGGAUUCUUCAGCAGGAUUUCAGGGGUGUAGGACUGCACCCUUUAAGCAACCAGAAUGCCUGUUAUCAACAUGGAUGACCUGACGGACAAGGACAAGGCUUUGAUGGAGUUAAACCAAAAAAAACUUGAAGUGAAACUUGAGAGGUGGUUGACAUCUAAAUGCUGUGAGGAAAUCAAGGACUAUAUUCAGGCUCGAGAGGAAGAAGACACCCUCGUCAAAGGCAUUUCAGAGGAGAAGAACCCCUUCAAGGAGAAAGGUGGCUGUGUCAUCUGCUAGACUCGACCUGAGGAGCUCUUCAUAUCUCAGAUUAGCACCCAAGGACAUUCUCCCUCUCCACAUAAAAUGGAGAUGCAGACUAGGGGACAUACAGUAAUAAAGAAAAAAAUAUUCACAAGUAUCCAUGUAAACAAUUCCCCAUCUUCUGGACAGAUUUGUAGGCUUAU